ACUCGUUCUGGCGUAAGCAAUGUUUUUCCGUAUUACCCGGUAGUUGGACGGAGCCAGUGGAUGCUCGUAUAACGUCCUCUUAAUCGCGUUGUGCAACCGUUCUAUGUUUCUGUCAAGUAACUACAGAACACGACGAUUGAAGAUGUGCUACAGACUACAGAGACACAGAGUGGAUACACCGCGGUCUUAGAAUGUUGCACUUUACACAUUGUAGUCGUUCUAUUACGACACGCUGUACAGCCGUGAUGAUAACAUUAAUGAUCGACAUUUUUAUACAUUUUUACCAUAGAUAAUAAAUGUAAAUAUAUAAAUAUUUAAGACGAUGCACAAAGAACGCAACAAUUAGAUACUACGAAUUUGUUGCCUUUUGUUUUUUCCGCGUUCGUCACACGGUAUAUUAGAUAGUAGGUUACACACGGUAUAUUCUUAUCUAUGGUCCAGUCAUUAUUUAUUAGUCAUUUUGUUCCUUCCGUCAAAUCGGUUUCCACAUUUUGCGUAAAGAAAACUGUUGUUACAACAUAAUUUUAUUUUGACAUUUGUAAUUUCAAUUGAUUUUUCAUUAAAAUCAUCGUUGUCAUGUCUAUUUAUCCUUCAUUGGAAGAUUUAAAACUGGACGAGGUUGUUAAAAACAUGGUAUGAUUGUGUAAAAACUGUAUCUAUCAAAACUUGAAUAAUUUUUGUUCGUCUAUAUUAAUUUAUGCACCUAAGUGUUUGAAUAUUACUUCUUUUAAAUAUUUUAGACUCAAAAUCAAACCAUCCAUAAUAGUGAAAAUCCGCCUCCGUAUAUGGCAAUCUGCCCGCCGCACCCGUCAGGCAUGGAUCAACAGUCAUUGGACGCCCUAUAUCCGGUACUCAAUGAUUAUAUGGGUCUAGAACUGAGUAUAAUAGCACAAAACAACACCAUAGCCAAUCCUAUCCAAAAUCAUCAAGUUCAAGUUACAAACGGAGUUCGUAAGGUAAAACUAAUACUUCUUAAUUCACUUGCAUUGGAAUACCUACUUAUAAAAUUACCGAGUACUAAUUUAUGAUAAAUCAUUUAGUUGGUUUUAUGUAAGGAUGGCAAGGGCCAAAUAGGAUUAAAAUUAUCCGCGUUGAACAAUGGUGUAUUUGUGAGUAUUGUUGCGCAAGACAGUCCUGCUGCUAAAGCGGGUGUACGAUUUGGUGAUCAAAUACUACAGAUAAAUGAAGAUUUUGUUGCUGGAAUGAGUGUUGAUAAAGUAUACAAAAUUUUCAAGGAAUGUUCAGUGAAUAACAUCAAUGUUAUUAUCAGAGACCGGUAAUGAAAAUCAACUAAAUCAGUGCUGUAUGCUAUCAACACAUACAAUAUUAUAUACUUACUACCGAUAUAAUAAUGAAUUGAUUUCAGUCCCAAAUUAAGAAAUUGAAAUUCUUCAAUUUGGAAAAUUAUUUAUCAGUACAAAUUAAAAUAUUAUUGUAGGUAUUAUCUUUCUUGUAAUAUACACAAUUUCAUUAUCAAAUAUAUUUUUAUAUUUUAAAACAAAGGCCAUUCAUUAUAUAAAUCAUAAUGUAAUUAUUAUAUUGAUACAUUACAUUUUCUAUGUAAAUAGCAUAUAGUACUGUUAUCAAAAUACAAACACAAAUAACAUAACUACAUAUUAAUUACCUAUUAUAAAAAUUAUCUCAGCUUAUAUUAUAUUACAAUAUAUAAUACAAUAGUAGAAACUCUCAGAAAUAUUUUAAUGAAUAUUAGUAAAAAAUAAAAUCGGCAAAAUCACUAACAGGAUAUUUAACGAAAAGAUAAAAAUUAUUAUUUUUUAACAACUUAAUAACUUUUACCACUUUUGAUAUAUAUUCAUAAAUGGGAACCUAAUUAUUGUAUUAUUAUUUUUCAUAUGUAUACUUAGGCCUUUAGAACGAACAAUUAAUUUGUACAAGGACCGGGCAGGCCAAGUUGGUUUUCAAUUUAAAAAUGGCAAGAUCAAUAAUAUCGUCAAAAAUUCAUCAGCAGCUCGUAAUGGAGUACUUACUGAUCAUCAGCUUUUGGAAGUAAAUGGACAAAAUAUUGUUGGUAUGAAAGACAAAGAAAUAGUGGAAAUUAUUGCUAAUGCCUCAGAUAUGAUCACUAUUACAAUCAUUCCCAUGUCAAUAUAUGAACAAAUGAUUAAAAAGUAUGUAUAAUAGAUAGUUUAAUAAAAUAUACUUAUAAAAAAUAAUUGAUAAUUGAAUAAUGUGAUUAUGUGAUUAUAAUUACAUUGUAAAUUUAAUAUGAUCAGUUUUAGCAAAACUCCACCAUCAGAAAAUAUUAAAAAGAAGGAUUAUAAAAUUAAAGAAUUAUAAUUAAGUUAUAAUAUACUACUAGAUAUUAUUUUACUGAAACUAUUUAUGUCAAUUUUAUUGUUUUGAGGGUUGGUAUUACAAGCAUUGGUUACGUUUCCGGUUACGUGAUGGUCUGUUAAAACAUUAAUGGACUGUUGAACUGAUAGUAUUACCAUCCUCCAUACAUUUUUUUUAUAUAACUUACAAAAUUCUCUAAUUACAGUAUAUAGAGUAUACUUUAUGUUAUAGUAUAAUUGUUAAAUCGAUAAAAUUGAUAAAUGUGGAAAAUUUUGUGAAAUUGUGAUUACUUUCUACUUUUCAGUAUUUUAGGUUUUAUUUUUAUUUUUUUGAAAAAAAUAUCAAUCGAUAAAUUAACAAAAAUCUUAUAGACUCUUUUUAGCCUUUCGGAUGUUUGUAAUACAGGGGCAUUUCUUAUGGAGUAUUAAAUUAUAACCAAGACAAAACCAAUGAUUGUGAUCUGAUCCUUAAUUUAGGUUUAUUACGCUCAAGGUUUUCUCCUUGGAUACUCUUUAUAUGAUCUUGGUUAUUGUAUGUUUAAAAGAUGGUCUUUUGCUUUGCAAAUGUGCCUGGCAUAAAUCUUAUUUUCUAGCUCUUGAGUAUUGUUGAAUAAGGUUGAAUAAUUUUCUGUUAGUUUUAUUUCAGGUCUUCUUCAUUUUUCAUUGAACCGAAAGUGCUAUGCACAAUUUUCCUCUUAAAUACUAGUAUUUUCAUUAGAAUCAGUUAUAUACUUACUAGUUAGAGAGUUACUUUUUAAAAAAAUUGAAACUUAAUUAGUUGGUUUAAGUUUUGAAUGAUUUUCUAACUUGUUGCAUUAGAUGCUUGAAAAUAGAAAAAAAAAAAUACAAAGUAACUUUAUUUUUUAGUUUCUAGUAAACAUUUUUUUUUUUUAUAAAUCUUCAUAUUAAAUAAAAUAAAUAAACAUAAUGAAUACAUAUAUAAAUAAAAAAUGUUUGUAUACAAAUAAAAUAAAUAACUGAAUCAAUGCAUUGCCUAGAGUAUUAUAAAAAGUGUAUUAUUAAAGAUAUUAUUUUUAAAAUCGGUUUGAACUUUUAAAAUAUUUUUAAAAUUAUUUUUCUUUAUGUCAUUGUGUUUGUGUAAUUUUUCUAAAACUGAAUUAAUGUAAAUGUUAUUUUAGGUAUUUAAUAUUUCUGAGUCUGUAUUAAUAUCAAAACUAAUAUUAUGGUUAUUUUCUAAAACAUGUCUAGCAAAAUUUGAAUUAGGGGAAGCCUUUUUAAUUUUAUUUUAGAAAUUUGAUCAUUUUUUAAUUCAUUAUUCUUAAGUCUUGCAUGUAUUCCAUUAAAUAAACUUAAUGAUCAACACGAGCUCAAUAGUAUCUAUAAUAAGGCCCGUAGAAAUAAUAUCAAUUCAAACAGUUCAUAAACGUAUUAAAGAAAAAAUAUUACCCAAAACGCCAAAUAAUGUCGUUAACUAUUGCAGUAUGGAAUAUUAAAAUAAUAUAUCUAACGAAUUCGUUAAAAGUCUGAAAAUAUAAUACAAACAAUGUAAACAUCGCUUUUAAGACUAAUAAUAAUUUAAUCAAACAUGUAAACAACAGAACUAAAAACUUAAAAAAAAUCCCCCUUGUUUUUAAAAUGCUGGUAUAUAUUUACUUAAAUAUAACUGUAAUACAUUUUUUAUAGGUAAGACAAAUAGAAAUUUUAAAAUAAGAUAUAAAGAACAUAUUUCUGAAAUAAGAUUAAAAAAAGACUUUCCCUAAUUCAAAUUUCGCUAUACGUGUUUUAGAAAAUAAGCACAAUAUAAGUUUUGAUAUUAAUACAGACUCAGAAAUAUUAAAUACCCAAAAUAACAUUUACAUUAAUUCAGUUUUAGAAAAAUUACGCAAAAACAAUGACAUAAAGAAAAAUAAUUUCAAUAAUAUUUUAAAUGUUCAAACCGAUUUUGAAAAUAAUAUCUUAUAUCAAUACAUUUUAGAUAAUAAAUAAUAACUAAUUUUAAAUAAUCUCUCCUAUUAAAAUUAAUCAUUUCUAAAUUCUAUGUAAAACGACCAAUUUGUAUAAUUGUUUUUUCUUUUCUAUGAAUUCCUUCAUUUAAUUUGUUUUAUUCAAUCUCAUUUUACAUUUUGACCAUGAUAAACGUGAUGAUGAAUUUUUAAUUCGAAACCUGUCGUAUAAUACACUUUUCAUAACACUCUAGGCAACGCAUUGAUUCAUUUAUUUAUUGUAUUUUUAUGUAUAAAUAUUUUAUUUAUUUAUUUACAAAUUUAUAUUAAUUAUUUUAUUAUUUUAUUGGUAAAGUUUGAUUAAACUUUUUUAUGAAAGUCGUAUUUAUUUGUUGAUACUUUAAGGACAUGAAAUAGCGUAUUUCUAUAUUUAUUUCAACGACCUUCAGUUUUGGCAGCCCUAUACAUUUUAUCUGUAAGUUCCACGGUUAACGAGUUAUAACUUAUUAGUGAAAACGGCGAAAAAGUCAAAAACACCCGUUCAGAGAGUUAAAGAUCUAAUAAUAAAGGAUGAGUUUCAGAACUUUUAGUUUGUUCAUCAGUUAGGCACGGACUAAUAAAAUCGUGUAGUACCAGGCAAUACAUUGAUUCAUUUAUUUAUUUUAUUUCUAUAGAUAAAUGUAUUCAUAUAUUUAUUUACAAGUAUUAAUCAUUUUAAUAAUUUUGUUUUUACUUAAUUAUUUUAUUAAAUACAUUUAAACAUUUUUUAAAUAGUAUUUUAUAUGAUAACAUUAAUAUUAUUAAUUUUUUUUUGAAUUUAGGAUUGCACCAUCUUUGAUCAAAAACAUUAUGGACCAUUCAUCAAUUUAAGAAAAACUAUACGUAUUUAUUUUAAAGUUAAUUGAUCAUAUUUCACUAUUUCAAAUUGAAUUAUAUUUUAUAGAAAGGGCUAUCUACUUUUUAGUCUACUUAUUGAAAAUUAUUAUCACAUAUAUUUAUACAAAUUUUUAAUAGUAAAGCUGAACAAAAAUUCACUAUUCUGCAAUAUAUAUUGGAGUGAAAAUGUACUUAUCUAUUUUAGUAAUAUUAUAACUAUUAUUCCUAUUUUAUUUUUUCAUCACUUAUUUAUAGUUAUUCAAAUAGUACGGAGUAAAUUAAUGAAAAUAUAUUUUAUAUUGUAGUUAUUUAUCAUUAUAUUUUAUACAAAUAUUAAAUCUAGU